CUUUCGGUGACUAAUGACUUGUCCGUGACUUUGCGACUAGUCGCUGACCGGCACAACACUGCGGCCGUUGCCUUCGUCAUGUCUCAAAGCAUCACGUUUGCAAACUGAGUAGUAUCAAUUAUACCAUGUCUCCCGAAACGACUGGCACAGUAGACUUCACGGUGGGCCCCAACAGCUACAAGACGUGGUACAAGGUACUCGGCGACCUCAACUGUGGAAAGGUCCCUCUCGUUACUCUCCAUGGAGGGCCAGGAUUCACCCACGAAUACAUGCUGGUCCACAAGGAAAUAACAGAGACUACUGGGAUCCCAGUCGUACUCUAUGACCAGCUAGGCAAUGGUCAAUCAACACACCUUAACGACGCCCCGAAGGAGUUCUGGACUCCUGAGUUGUUCAUGGACGAGCUCGACAACCUUCUCGCUAAACUGGGCAUCACCGACCAUUUUGAUCUCCUAGGUCAAUCAUGGGGAGGUAUGCUCGCUGGCCAAUACGCCGCCACGCGCUCGCCAAGGGAUCUGCGCCGCCUGAUUAUCCUCAACGCCCCAGCGUCGAUGGAGCUCUACCAAGAAGGGAUCGAUUCCCUGCUCGACAGGUUCCCUCCAGAGUUUGUGGCCAUGCUGAGGAAGCACGAGCAAGAGGGUACGACCCAAUCGAAGGAGUACCAAGAAGGGACGAUGAUCUUUAUGAAGAAGCAUGUAUUCACCCUGGACCAGUGGCCUACGGACCUCAUAACGUCUUACAAGGCGUACAUGGUGAAUCCGACAGUGUACAAUGCCAUGCAAGGACCAUCGGAAUUCCACGUCACUGGUAACCUGAAGACAUGGUCGAUCGUUGAUAUCUUACACAAGAUCUCGUAUCCGACGCUGUACAUCAGCAGCCCGCAGGACGAGGUACAGGAAGUUGCCGUUACGCCGUGGCUCUUGAAAGUUCCGAAUAUCAAGCGGGUUGCGCUUGUGAAUAGUACACAUACGGGUAUGUAUGAGGAGAAGGACAGGUAUCUUCGCGUUUUGAGGGACUUCCUGGAGUAAGCAGUAUAAUUAACCAUGUGUAAAGGCGGGUAUGAUGACAUUUGUUAUCCACUGUCGAGUUUCAACGGUCAAAGCGUCACCACAACGUAGUACACACUUUAUCAGGUGUCGGAUCAAGACCAGCAUCUCGGGAAGACCACUUGUUGCGAGCGUUAGCGAGCAUACAUUGACUAUACACGAGGCCCAUGCUAUCUCCAGUGAUUUUCGGAUGUCUUUGGCGACGUCUCUAAUUGAAUCCAAUACGUGACAACUGCCCAACGGGAU